AUGAAUCAGUGUCAGGUUGGGAAGACAAGAAACAAUCUGGCAGUGGGCAAAGAGGAGAGUGGAGUUUAUAACUUCUUGAUUGCUGAGGAGCUGCAGCUGGAAGAGCAGGUGACUGGAGUGAGUGAUGAGCUGGGCGUGGCUAACGAGGAGCCGCAGCAGCAGUUGGUGGGCGUCUCCUGGAUCGUCGUGCACCGCGGCUACGACACCCGCACCACAGAGGGCGACGUGGCCCUGCUGAGGCUGCAGCGCCCCCUGGUGUUCAACCAGUUCGUCAGACCCAUCGACAUCUGGACGGUGCCGCUGCUGGAGGCCAUGAGGUGCAGCAUCACCGGCUGGGGCUCGACCCGAGAGAGUGAGGACGGGGUUGGGUUCUGCUCGAUCGGGGGGGACUUCCCGGGCCAGAGGUCCUCGAGUCCACUGGCUGCAGGAGGUCAACGUGAGCAUCAUGGCGACGGAUGCCUGCAACGACUACUACAGUACAAGGGCUGGGUCAAGCCCUCCAUGUUCUGUGCUGGGAAGGAGGGAGGAGGAGUCGACACCUGCCAGGGGGAUUCUGGAGGUCCGCUGUCCUGCUUCACCGGGACCCGGCACCAGCUGGCGGGCCUGGUGAGCUGGGGCGUGGGCUGCGGCCGCGCCCAGAAGCCGGGCGUCUACACCAGGAUCCAGCAGCACGUGGGGUGGAUCUCCGACGUCAUGAAUCAGGUGGAGGUGACCGACGCCGCGGAGGAGGAAGGUGCGUUUCCAUCCCAGGCGGGACCCGAAGACGGCGACUAA